AAAAAGAAAAAGAAGAGGAAAAAGAAGAGAAAAAAGCCCGAGAGAGAGAGAGAGAGAGAGAGAGAGAGAGAGAGAGAGAGAGAGAGAAAGAAAGAAAGAAAGCGGAAAGCGGAAAGCUAAACAAAUCAUGACACUAGAGAACUUGAUGCGGGGAAACAUCUGGAAAAGUGCACCGUCCCCUAAUAAACUAUAUGAAAAUUACUAGGAUCAGUGGGAGACUUUAGUAAUUUACUAUGAAUAUCUAGUAUAUAAUUAUUUAUUCAUUUAUUAUGUAUUUAUUAUUGUCAUUAUGACUUUUCUUCAUGCCAAUUUGCUGCCCAUCCUCCAAUCCAGCAGGUGGCGGUAAUGUACCUUCAGUUGGUUUGCCAACCGCCAUUAAAACCAAAAGAAGACGGAGAAGAAGACGAAAAGCGCACGUGCGAGAGAGAGAGAGAAAAUGGAGGAGAAAUAAAGAGUAUAACCCAGAAGAAGAGCGGAGUUUUAUUUAAACCGGUUGAGGAUUUUAAUCUCCAGGUUUUGGAGUGUAAACACACUGUUUAUGUUGAAGACACCUUUCAGCGCGACAGUGACCCAUAUUGAGCGGAUUCUCUCCGGGGAACUCGGUCUUAUUUGAGCAGACAGGUUUCCUCUGAAUAAAGAGGUCGUGUGAGAUGUUUGUGGAGGAAUAGAGACUUCAGGAAGCGUUUAUCCACCUGGAGGAGAAGUUCUUCUCUUCGUUCCGGUGGAUUGGUUGAAGGAUUCCAGUACGGAUGCUGGUUAAAUCCAUGUGAGGCCUGUACAGAAGUCUGGAGUGUUCAUGAGUUCCUGAAACUUCCACACGAGGUCUUUGAGCUCCAACUACAGGAACAUCUCAAAAAACUACAAUAUAGAGGAAAAGUUCAUUUUUUACCCCAGAAAAGAAAACAGACCUCUCUCUCUCUCUCUCUCUCUCUCUCUCUCUCUCUCUGUCUGUCUGUUAGUGUGAGAGAUCAGGAAAAUGGCCGAGGCCAGUAUUUCAGUAGAUCAGGACCAGUUCAGCUGUCCAGUGUGUCUGAAUCUCCUGAAGGAACCGGUGGUGAUCCCCUGUGGUCACAGUUUCUGUAACGUGUGUAUUAAUGACUGCUGGGAUCAGGAAGAUGAGAGCGGAGUGUAUUGCUGUCCUCAGUGCAGAGACACUUUCACUCCAAGGCCUGUUCUAUGCAGAAACAACAUGCUGGCUGAAGUGGUGGAGAAACUGAAGACUGAAGCCCAAGCUGCUUCUCCUGCUCACUGUUACGCUGGACCUGGAGAUGUGGAGUGUGAUUUCUGCACCGGGAGAAAACACAAAGCCGUCAAGUCCUGUCUGGUGUGUGUGGCUUCUCUUUGCGAAACUCAUUUAAAACCUCAUCUUGAAAUUCCUGCUUUGAAAAAGCACAAGUUAGUCGAAGCUUCUGGAAAUCUACAAGAGAAGAUCUGCUCUGAGCAUGAUAAAGUGCUGGAGGUCUACUGUCGUACUGACCAAAGCUUCAUCUGUUAUCUGUGUAUGACGGAUGAACACAAAAGCCACGACACCGUCUCAGUUAAAGCGUACAGAACUGAAAAACAGAGUGAGUUAAAGGAGGAGCAGAUGAAAUCCCAGCAGAGAAUCCAGGAGAAGCAGAAGGUGGUGCAGGAGCUGAAACAGGCUGUGAACACUAUAAAGCUCAGUGCACAGACAGCAGUGGAGGACAGUGAGAGGAUCUUUACUGAGAUGAUCAGCUCCAUGGAGAAAAGGUGCUCGGAGGUGACGGAGCUGAUCAGAGCUCAGGAGAAGGCUGAACUGAGUCGAGCUGAACGACUCCUGGAGCAACUGGAGCAGGAGAUCGCUGAUCUUCAGAGGAGAGUCACUGAGCUGGAGCAGCUUUCACACACACACGAUCACCUCCACUUCCUCCAGGAAAUAAAGGUUUUAGUCUCCGGCCGUUGCUCUCCCGAAAUUAUUACACCAGGUUUUCAGUCUGAUCUCCGUGAGGACUCGCGCAGCAUCACUGUCAGUAAACAUCUCUCAUUUGAUGGAGUGAGGGAAUCUCUCUCUGCUCUGAAAAAGAGACUCGAGGAAUUCUGCCAGGAGGAAUUCAUCAGAAUCCCUGAACUUGCUGCAGCAGUUCACAUCAUUUUACCCCCAGAUCCAAAGAGCAGACAAGACUUUCUGCAGUAUUUCUGUGAUCUGACUCUGGAUCCCAACACAGUACAUUAUUACCUCAUUCUGUCUGAGAGGAACAGAGCGGUGACGUACAGUGGGAGAAAGCAGCAGUACUCUGAUCAUCCAGAGAGAUUUGACUACUGGGAGCAGGUGUUGAGUAAGGAGAGUGUGUGUGGACGCUGUUACUGGGAGGUGGAGAGGAGCGGUGCUGAUAGUGUGUACAUAUCAGUCUCAUAUAAAGACAUCAGCAGGAAAGGAUCGGGUAAUGAGUGUGUGCUUGGAGGCAGCGAUCAGUCCUGGAGUCUGUGGUGUUCUUCUUCUUCUCUCUUUUUCUGUCACAACAACUUUAAGACUGCACUCGGAGUUCCAUCGUCCUCCAGAAUAGGAGUGUAUGUGGAUCACAGUGCAGGAACUCUGUCCUUCUACAGCGUCUCUGACACGAUGACGCUCCUCCACAGAGUCCACACCACUUUUACUCAGCCUCUAUACGCCGGGUUCUGGCUCGGGUCUUUUGGAUCAACUGUGAGAUUACGUGAUCCAGAAUAAAAUAUCAGAAAUGUGAUUUUACUGAAUUAAAAUGAGCAACUUUACUUUUUUUUAUAUCAAGCUUAAUUCCAGUGUAAUAUGAGGCAUUUAUUUGUGAUUUCCCAAUUUUCCUUUAUAACGUUAGAUCUUUCCUCUGUCUUUUAGGAGAUUUCAGUAUUACACAGUAGUGCUUGAAAGUUUGUGAACCCUUUAGAAUUUUCUAUGUAUCUGCAUAAGACCUAAAACAUCAUCAGAUUUACACAAGUCCUAAAAGUAGAAACUAUUACACUUGGUCAUUUAUUUAUUGAGGGAAAUGAUCCAAUAUUACAUAUCUGUGUGUGGCAAAAGUAUGUGCACCUUUGCUGUCAGUAUGUGGUGUGAGCUCCUUGUGCAGUAAUAACUGCAGAUAAACGUUCGGGGUAAGUGUUGAUCAUCUGCACAUCGGCUUGGAGGAGUUUUAUCCCGUUCCUCAGUACAGAACAGCUUCAACUCUGGGAUGUUGGUGGGUUUCCUCACAUGAACUGCUCGCUUCAGGUUCUUCCACAACAUUUCUAUUGGAUUAAGGUCAGGACUUUGACUCGGCCGUUCCAAAACAUGAACUUUAUUCUUCUUUAACCGUUCUUUGGUUUAAAGACUCGUGUGUUUAGGGUCGUUGUCUUGCUGCAUGAUCCACUUUCUCUUGAGAUUCAGAUCACGUACAGAUGUCCUGACAUUUUCCUUUAGAAUUCUCUGGAAUAAUUCAGAAUUCAUUGUUCCAUCAAUGAUGGUAAACCGUCCGGGCCCAGAUGCGGCAAAACAGCCCCAAACCAUGACACUACCACCACCACAUUUCACAGAUGGGAUAAGGCUCUUAUGCUGGAAUGUAGUGUUUUCCUUUCUCCAAACAUGAUGCUUGUCAUUUAACCCAAAUAUUAUGUUUUGGUCUCAUCCAUCCACAAAACAUAUUUUUCAGUAGCCUUCUGGCUUCUCCAUGUGAUCUUUAGCAAACUGCAGAGGGGCAGCAAUGUGCUUUCUCCUUGCAACCCUGCCAUGUACACCAUUGCUGUUCAGUGUUCUCCUGAAGGUGGACUCAUGAACAUUAACAUUCGCCAACGUGAGGUCCCUCACUCACACCUGAUCAUCGUCCCAUUGAUUGAAAACACCUAAAUAUAAUUUCACCUUCAAAUUAACUGCUAAUCCUAGACGUUCACAUACUUUUGCCACUCACAGAUAUGUAAUAUUGGAUCAUUAUAUAAUAUUUUUGUCUCAUUUGUUUAAUUGGGUUCUCUUUAUCUACUUUUAGGACAAAAUCCGAGGAUGUUUUCGUUCAUAUUCUGCUUCAAUACUGUGUUAAAAUUCAUGUUGGUCCACUCAUUAAUCUGACAUAUGAAUCAUCAUGACUGUACUUAUACUGUAUAUAUUCAGUUGGAUGGAUUCUUGGAUAUCAAAAUAAAAAAUAUAUUUAAAUGUGUUAAAUCCAUG